GGGGCGGGGUCUGGGCCUGGGCCCGGGUGCCGGGCCCCCGCCCCCCGCCCCCCGCCGGGCCUUAGGGGCUGCGUCUCCCGCUCUGGCGCUGAGGAUCACGCUGGAAAUCGCGGGAGCCGAGAGUGGUGAGCAAUUUCAUGAAGCGGAUUCUAUAUCUUCACAUUUUAUGCAUGAAGAAAACUGAGGCAUUCAUAGAUCAUUUUGCCUGGAGUUCCACAGCUAAUAAGUCCAGAGGUUACUGCCCUUCCAGUCUGGGUCCUUGCAAGAGGAGGAAGUCGGUCUUGCUCAUGUCUGUAUCACUGGGGCAGACUGCCAAGAACUGAGCUGAAAUUCAUUAGCAUUUAGGGGGUGCAUUAACGCAUGAAAGAAAUGUUUACAUUGAUGGGCCGCUGGCUGGACCAAGAGGGCAGCUCUAAUAUUCCGUUUUCUUGAGAGAGUUACAGUAUUACCUGCUCUGAAGUAUAAUAUGAAGACUUCGAGAUUCUUGUGAUGACAAAAAUGACAUAGUAUGUAUAAGCUCAAGAGGAGGUCCAAGGGGCACCACAAUGAUCAGAGACAUAACUGGGAGAGAACAGCCUCUGGCUGGAUAGGGGCCUGUGAGCUUGCCAGUCUGGUACCCCCAUGGAGACUCGAAGCCCGGGGCCGAACAACAUGAAGCCCCAGGCACUGCAGCUGGUGCUGGAGGAGCAAGUACUGGCGCUGCAGCAGCAGAUGGCAGAGAACCAAGCCACCUCCUGGCGGCAGCUGAAGAGCUCCCAGGAGGCCCAGCAGAGGCAAGCGGCUCUCGUGAGGAAGCUGCAGGCCAAGGUGUUGCAGUACCGGACCUGGUGCCAAGAGCUGGAGAAGCGGCUGGAAGCAUCUGGGGGACCGAUCUCUCAUCGGUGGGAAAGUGUGGAGGAGCCGAGUUUGGAGCAGCUGCUGGUCCGGUUGGAGGAGGAACAACAGAGGUGUGAGAGUCUAGCAGAGGUGAACACCCAGCUUCGACUGCACAUGGAAAAAGCUGACAUGGUGAAUAAAGCGCUUCGGGAAGAUGUGGAAAAACUGACAGUGGACUGGAGCCGAGCCCGGGAUGAGCUAAUGAGGAAAGAGAGCCAGUGGCAGAUGGAGCAGGAGUUCUUCAAGGGCUACCUGAAAGGGGAGCACGGUCGCCUUCUUGGUCUGUGGCGGGAGGUGGUGACCUUCCGACGCCACUUCCUGGAAAUGAAGUCAGCCACCGACAGAGAUCUGACGGAGCUCAAGGCUGAGCAUGUGAGGCUUUCAGGGUCCCUGUUGACCUGCUGUCUGCGCUUGACUGUGGGUGCCCGGUCUCGAGAACCUGAUGGAUCUGGGAGACUGGAUGGGAGUGAGCCAACCCAGCUGCUGCUUCUAUUAACCAAGACCCAGGAACUGGAGAAGGAAGCCCAUGAAAGGAGCCAGGAGUUAAUACAGCUGAAGAGUCAAGGGGAUCUGGAGAAGGCUGGGCUACAGGAUCGGGUGACCGAGCUCUCUGUUCUACUGAGCCAGGCUCAGAAGCAAAAUGAAGACUAUGAGAAGAUGUUAAAGGCUCUGAGAGAGGCAAUGGAGAUCCUGGAGAAAAAUCAUGCAGAAUUAAUGGAACAUGAGGCAUCUCUUAGUAGGAAUGCCCAAGAGGAGAAGCUGUCUUUACAGCAGGUGAUCAGGGAGAUAACCCAGGUACUGGUCAUGGUGGAAGAAGGAGACAGUAUGGCCCCAGGCUAUAGUCAGGAGAACUCCUUGCAGUUGGACCACAGUGGCGUCUCCUCCCGGUUUGAUUCCCAGGACCCAGACAAGGCUCUUACUCUCGUGCGUUCAGUGGUGACUCGAAGGCGCCAGGCUGUGCAGGACCUGAGGCAGCAGCUUUCAGGCUGUCAAGAAGCUGUGACAUCCUUGCGGAGGCAGCACGAUCAGUGGGAGGAGGAGGGCGAGGCUCUGAGACAGAGGCUGCAGAAACUCACUGGGGAGCGCGACACUCUGGCAGAGCAGACCGUGGACCUCCAGGGAGAGGUGGAGUCUCUCAGCAAGGAGCGAGAGCUCCUGCAGAAGACCAGGGAGGAGCUACAGCAGCAGCUGGAGGUGCUGGAGCAGGAGGCGUGGCGACUGCGGAGGACCAACAUGGAGCUCCAGUUGCAGGGGGACUCUGCGCAGGGCGAGAGGGAGGAGCAGCAGGAAGAGCUGCACCUGGCCCUCCGUGAAAGAAAGCGCCUUCAGGAGACGCUGGCGAGCCUGGAAGCCAAACAGUCCGAAUCACUCAGUGAGCUGAUCACUCUUCGGGAAGCCCUGGAGUCCAGUCGCCUGGAAAGGGAGCUGCUGAGGCAAGAGCAAACGGAAGUGACCGCGGCGCUGGCCAGGGCAGAACAGUGUGUUGCGGAGCUGUCGAGUUCUGAGAACAGCCUGAAGGUGGAGGUCGCUGACCUUCGAACUGCAGCUGCGAAGCUCAGUGCCUUAAAUGAGGCUUUGGCCUUAGAUAAAGUUGGACUGAACCAGCAGCUUCUCCAGUUGGAACAGGAGAACCAGUCUAUAUGCACCAGAAUGGAAGCAGCAGAGCAGGCAAGAAGCACAUUGCAGUUGGGCCUGGCAGAAGCCGAGAGAAGCAGGGACGCCCUCCAGGAGAAGAACACUCACCUGGAGGCUCAACUGCAGAAAGCAGAGGAGACUGGGGCCGAGCUGCGGGCAGAUCUCAGGGACGUCCAGGAAGAGAAGGAAGAAAUUCAAGAGAAACUAAGCGAGGCUCAUCAUCAGCAAGAGGCAGCCUUAGCUCAGCUGGAGCAGCUGCAUCAGGAGACGAAGCGACAGGAAGAGGUGCUCGCUCGGGAAGCGCAGGAGAAGGAGGCCCUGGUACGGGAGAGAGCGGGCCUAGAGGUGCGGCUGCAGGCCGUGGAGCGAGACCGGCAGGACCUCUCUGAACAACUACUGGGGCUCAGCUCAGCCAAGGAGCAACUGGAGAGCAAUCUGUUUGAGGCCCAACAACAAAAUUCUCUGAUAGAAGUUACCAAGGGACAGCUGGAGGUCCAGAUUCAGACUGUCACUCAAGCCAAGGAAGUAAUUCAAGGGGAAGUGAGGUGCGUGAAGCAGGAACUGGACACCGAACGGAGCCGGGCAGAGCAGGAGCGGGAGAACGCAGCCAGACAGCUGGCCCAGGCUGAGCAAGAGGCGCGCAUUGCCCUGCAGCAGCAGAAGUCAGCCCAUGAGGAGGAGGUGAACCGGCUCCAGGAGAAAUGGGAGAAGGAGCGCUCCCGGCACCAACAGGAACUGGGAAAGGCUCUGGAGAGCCUAGAGAGGGAGAAAACGGAGCUGGAAAUGAGGCUGAUGGAACAGCGGGCAGAAACCGAGGCCAUCCGGACACAGAGGGAGGAAGAGCGGGCGGAGGCAGAGAACGCCCUCUGCCAGAUGCAGCUCGAAACCGAGAAGGAGAGGGUGUCCCUCCUGGAGACACUGCUGCAGACGCAGAAGGAGUUGGCAGAAGCCAGCCAACAACUGGAACAGCUGAGGCAGGACAUGAAGGUUCAGAAGAUAAAGGAGCAGGAGACCACCGAGAUGCUGCAGACCCAGCUCCGGGAGGCUCGGCAGGAGCUGGAGCGGGCAGCCCAGCAGGGCAGGGAUGACCUUGCUGGCCUCCGAGAAGAGUGCCUUGUGCUGCUCCAGGCCAAGACAGACCUGCAGGAGCAGGUGGAGGACCUGAAGUCUCAGCUGGUUUCCAGGGAUGACUCCCGGAGGCUGGUGGAGCAGGAGGUUCAGGAGAAGCUGAGAGAGGCCCAGGAGUACAGCCGAAUCCAGAAGGAGCUGGAGAGCGAGAAAGCCAGCCUGAUUCAGUCGCUGGUGGAAAAGGACCAGAGACUCCUUGUUUUACAAGAAGCAGACUCUGUCCGACAGCGAGAGCUGAGCUCCCUGCACCAGGACUUGCAGGAGGCCCGGGGAGGGCAGAACGAACUCAGCGCCCAGGUGGAACUACUAAAGCAGGAGGUGAAGGAAAAGGAGGCUGACUUUCUGGCCCAGGAAGCACAACUGCUAGAGGAGCUGGAGGCGUCUCGAGUGACUGAGCAGCAGCUGCAAGCUUCCUUGCGGGCCCUGGAAGCCAAGGCAGCCCAAGUCCAGCUCCGGCUGCGCAGCACAGAGAACCAGAUGGCGGCCCUGGCGGCGGAGCAGCAGCCCGGGAAGCAGGCACAGGCCCAGCUGGCCAGCCUCUGUUCUGUCCUACAGCAGGCCCUGGGGUCUGCUUGUGAGAACAGGCCUGAGCUGCUUGGCGGGGGGGACUCUGCUUCCCUCUGGGGCCCAGAGCCAGAGCAGAACGGAGCCAGGAUUCUCUUCAAGAGAGGGCCCCUCCUGACAGCUCUGUCGGCUGAGGCGGUGGCAUCUGCCCUCCACAAGCUUCACCAAGACCUGUGGAAGACCCAGCAGGCUCGGGAUGACCUGAGGGAGCAGGCUCGGAAGCUGGAACAGCGUCUCACUGAUACAGAGGCAGAGAAAAGUCAGGUCUGCGCAGAAUUACAGGAUCUGCAGAGAAAGCUCUCCCAGAACCAGGAAGAAAAAUCCAAGUGGGAAGGAAAACAGAACUCCCUCAAAUCUGAGCUGAUGGAACUGCAUGAGACUAUAGCAUCCUUACAGAGUCGCCUACGGCAAGCAGAGCUGCAAAGAAUAGAGGCCCAGAAUGAGCGAGAGCUACUUCAGGCAGCGAAGGAGAACCUGACGGCCCAGGUGGAAAGGCUGCAGGCAUCUGUGGCAGAAGCCAGGGCUCAGGCCAGUGCUGCCGGGGCCCUGGAAGAGGACUUGAGAAGCGCUCGCUCGGCCCUGAAACUCAAGAGCGAGGAAGCGGAGACGGAGCGUGAGCGAGCCCAGGCUCUGCAGGAGCAGGGUGAGCUGAAGGUGGCCCAUGGCAAGGCUCUGCAGGAGAAUUUAGCUAUCCUGGCCCAGACGCUAUCCGAAAGAGACGGGGAGAUAGAGACUUUGCGGGGAAAUAUCCAGGAACUGGAGAAACAACGGGAAAUGCAAAAGGCUGCCUUGGAAGUGCUGUCUCUGGACCUGAAGAAGAGGAACCAAGAGGUGGACAUACAGCAAGAACAGAUCCAGGAGCUGGAGAAGUGCAGGUCUGUUUUAGAGCAUCUGCCCAUGGCUGUCCAGGAGCGGGAGCAGAAGCUGACUGUGCAGAGGGAACAGAUCAAAGAGCUGGAGAAGGAUCGAGAGACACAGAGGAACAUCUUGGAGCAUCAACUUCUCGAACUUGAGAAGAAGGCCCAGGUAAUCGAGAGCCAGAAGGGGCAGAUUCAGGAUCUGAAGAAGCAGCUGGUUACUCUGGAAUGCCUGGCCCUGGAACUAGAAGAAAAUCACCACAAAAUGGAGUGCCAACAAAAAGCAAUCGAGGAGCUGGAGGACCAGAGGGAAGUGCAGAGGCUGGCUCUGACCCACCUUACACUGGACCUGGAAGAAAGGAGCCAGGAGCUGCAGGCACAGAGCAGCCAGAUCCAAGAGCUGGAGAGCCGCAGCACCCUUCUGGCCAGAGAGCUCCAGGACAAGGACCAGGAGCUGCAGUCCCAGCGAGAACAGAUUGAGGAGCUGCGGAGGCAGAAGGAGCGCCUGACUCAGGACCUCGAGAGGAGGGACCAGGACAUGGUGGUACAGAGGGAGAGGAUUCAGGUCCUAGAGAAUCAGAGGACACUGCAGACCAAGAUCCUAGAGGAGGACCUGGGACAGAUCAAACUGUCAUUGAGAGAGCGGGGCCGGGAGCUGGCCACCCAGAGGCCGCUGGUGGAGGAACGGCCACAGGAAGGGAAGGGCCAGAGUAAAGCACAGCGCGGGAGCCUAGAGCACAUGAAGCUGAUCCUGCGUGACAAGGAGAAGGAGGUAGAAUGCCAGCAGGAACGUAUCCAAGAACUGAAGGAGCACAAGGGGCAUCUGGAGCAGCAGCUCCAGAGCCUACACAGGAAGGUAGGUGAGACCAGCCUCCUCCUGACCCAGCGAGAGCAGGAGAUCGUGGUCCUGCAGCAGCACCUGCAGGAAGCCAGGGAGCAGGGGCAACUGAAAGAGCAGUCCCUUCAGGGUCACCUGGAAGAAGCCCAGAGAGCCCUGGCUCAGAGGGACCAGGAGCUCGAGGCCCUGCAGCAGCAGCAGCAGCAGAUACAGAGACAGGAGGAGAACAUGAAGGAAAAAGAAAGCACACUGCAGAGAGCCCUGGAGCAGGCCCACGCGCUACUGAAAGAGCGCCAGGGGGAGAUUGAGGACCACAAGGAGCAUGUGCAAAGGCUCCAGGAAGAGCUGGAGGCCGAGGGACAGAGGGUCCAGGCCCUGGAGGAGGUGCUGGGGGACCUACGGGCUGAGUCUCGGCAACAGGAGGAGGCUCUGCUGGCCCUUCAGCAGCAGUGUGCAGAGCGUGCGCAGGAGCACGAGGUGGAGCUGAGGGGCCUACAGGACAGCCUGUUGCAGGCAGAGGCCAUGCUCAAGGACCGGGACCGGGAGCUGGAGGCCCUGCAAGCAGAUGGCCGGUCCUCCCAGCAUCAGGAGGAGACGGCCCGGGUCCGGGCUGAGGCGCUGCAGGAGGCCCUCAACGAGGCUCGGGCUGCCCUGCAGGAGAAGGAGCAGCGUCUCCUUGGGCAGGCAGAAUUGAGCCGCAGCCUGGAGGCCAGCACUGCCACCUUGCAGGCUGCCCUGGACUCCUGCCAGGCACAAGCCCGGCAGCUGGAGGAGGCCCUGAGAAGGCGGGAAGGGGAGAUCCGGGACCGGGAUCUCCGACAUCAGGAGGCUGUGCAGCAGCUCCAAUGGGCACUUGCCCAGAGGGAUGAUGAGCUGAGCCAUCAGAAGAGACAGGGGCAGCUGCUAGAGCAGUCUCUGGCCCAGAGGGACCGAGAAGAUCAAGGGAAGCAAGGUGCAGGGCGGGAGAGGGAAGAAGAGAUGAGGGGCCUCCGGGAAAGCCUAAGGGAGUUGCAACUGACUUUAGCCCAAAAGGAAGAGGAGAUCCUGGGGCUGAAGGAGGCCCAGGAAAGGAAGAAUCUGGAGGACUCACCCCACAGCCACAUAGCCUCCCCAGCGGAGGAGCCCUCGACAGAAUUUGAUGCUUUAAGGCCCCAGCUGCAGCAGGAGCUGGAGCGACUCCAGGCAGCCCUGAGGCAGACAGAGGCCAGGGAGAUUGAGUGGAGGGAGAAGGCCCAGGAUUUGGCACUGUCCCUGGCCCAGAGCAAGGCUAGCGCCAGCGAUCUGCAAGAGGUGGCUGUGCUCCUACAAGCCUCCAUUCUGGAGCGGGACUCCGAACGCCAGAGGUUGCAGGAUGAGCUGGAGCUCACCAGACAGGCUCUGGAGAAGGAGCGACUCUUCAGCCCCAGCUUGACCAGCAGAGCAGAAUGGGGGCCCAGAGAAGAGGUCUCUGGAGUGGAGGCUGAGCCGAGCCCUGGGAUGGAGGAGAAGCAGCUGUGGGGGCAAAGGCUGGAACACCUUCAGCAAGCAGUGGCACAGCUGGAGAUUGACCGGAGCAGGCUGCAGCACCACAAUGUCCAGCUGCGGGCCACCUUGGAGCAAGUGGAGCGAGAGCGCAGGAAGCUGAAGAGGAACUCCAUGCGUGCAUCGCGGGCGGGCAUCCUGGAAGUCAGUGAAACCACACAGCAGGAUGGCAGAGGAGAUCAGAAGGGCACCUCAGACGCCAAGCACAUGGCUGAAUUGCAGAAAGAGGUGGCCCUGCUGCGUGCCCAGCUGGCCUUGGAGCGGAAGCAGAGGCAGGACUACAUUGCUCGCUCGGCGCAGACGAGCCGUGAGCUGGCAGAGGAAGCUGGGCCCCAUCGGAGCAGAGAAAGGAGUCAGGGAGAGCAUACAGCUCAGAACCCAGGAACUCUGGACAUGGUGGCCUCCAACUCCACGAGGAGCUUUGGGACCCAUUCGGAAGCGCUGAUCAAACCAGGCAGGCACUGCUGGGGGAAUCAAGCUAUCCAGAGGAGCAACCUCAGGGCCUCUGCAGCUCUGGAGCCAGCAGCAGAACUUCCAGAAGUCCCUGUGGAGGUGGGGAUACCUCACAAAAGCAGCAAGGCAACCUCUAGCCUACGACUUGGCAUGCAGGUCUCAUCUCAGCCCAUGGAACAGGUCUCUUUUCAGCCAGAUGGUUGUUUAGUUGUCUGGUCUUAGGACAGAUGACACCUUCAGCUGCCUGUCCCCACCCCUGCAAUACCUUACCUCCUACUCUGGCCCACUAAACACCUAUUCACUGGCUAGGGCUGAGGAAGGAGCAGCUGAGCUCUGUGCAAUCACCAGGCCCUGCAGAGCAGGGGCUGUGGUGUGCAGAGGCAGGGAGCAGAAAGAAACAGGGGCUGUCGAUGUGCUGCAAGCAGGGAUACCUUGGGCACAGUGCAGAAGAGAUGCAGACUCGGCUCUGCUCACCACACUUAGAAAGUAGGCAAGGGAGGAGGAAGGCCAAGAACAUGGGGUCUCAACUUGGGGCCCUAGGAUUUACUCCCUCUAGCCUGCUGGGACCAGGCGUUGUCCAAACCCUGAUGGAGGUGAGGAUGAGAAGAGAGGCUCCUCUAGAGAAGGUAGGGCUGUGCUCCCAAGACCCACUUCAUUUAUAUCAGUAGCCUGUCACAGUGUGCACAUCGUGACCUCUUUCCUCUUAGUCCUAUGUUAACCAAUGCUACCAGCUCUUUAUAGCCUCCGUAGGCCCUGAAGCCUGCGACAGGUGGGAUGGCUUGGAGGUAAAAAGAUGAGCGGGUCAGUGAUCAGAAGAGAAGUGUGCCUCUCUGCUAGGGCUGUGUGCCGGGCCCCUCAGUCCCUAGGGCUGUGCUCUCUGUCCCCAGCACAUGGCCAUGUGUGUGGACGCGGGGAGUGGGAGGAGAGUAAGUAUUCACAUCUGGUUCUUCUUAAUGACUGCUAGUCCUUGAGGUGAGGGAAUCCAGGAAGGCUUAUAGCAGUGCCUGAUAAUGCACACAUCUCUCCUGAACCUCCUAUCUUGGUUUCCUGUCAUGUC